AUGCCAGACGACGGAAAAAAGUUUCCAAUGACUAACCAGUUGCAAUAUAUAAAGAAAAAUAUCUUUAUGACGCUAUGGAAUCACAAGUUUGCCUGGCCGUUCCAGAAGCCCGUUGAUCCUGUGGAACUCAACCUUCCGGACUACUUCACUAUCAUCAAAAAUCCCAUGGACAUGUCAACGAUCAAAAAGAAGCUCUACGGCUGUAAAUACGAAUCCGCCAAGCAAUGUAUCGCCGAUUACGACCUCAUGUUCGAAAACUGCUAUACUUACAACAGACCUACAGAUGAUAUUUCAAUCAUGGGCAAGAAGAUCCAGGAUAUUCUUCACAACAAGAUCAAGAACAUGCCACAAGUCGAGGCCGUCGUAGAAAAGCAAAAGCGAAAGAAAAAUCCGCUUGAAGGCCUUGGAGUUCCCUCAGGAGCUCCGUUGGGCACUCGCGAUCGGAAUCCACCAACGCCAAUGUCCAUCGACCCCGUUCCAAGCCCAGCACCAAGUUCUAAGUCGAUGAAUUCUACGACCGAUCUUGACACCAGCAUCGCUCCAUCCCCAGGCGGUCCUGAAAUGCCUCAACUCUCCGCCGCACCGAUGAAAAACGGAGCGAGUGCGCCAACAGGACGAACACGGCCAAAUCCACCAAAGAGGAAAACCGAGUCGAUGUCGGGCUUCGAUGGGCCAUCGAAGAAAUCAGGAGGCGCGAUGCCGAAAAAGAAGGAAAUGCGAGUCUGCGCGGCAAUCCUCCGAGAGCUUCAUCAAAAAAGACAUCAACAAUACGCAUGGCCGUUCUACACGCCCGUCGAUGUGAAAGCUCUCGAGUUGCACGACUACUAUGAUGUGAUUAAAAAGCCGAUGGACUUGUCCACCGUUCAGAAAAAUCUCGACAACGACAUGUACAAUAAUAAAGAUGAAUUCACCGCGGAUAUUCUUUUGAUCUUCGAAAACUGUCGAGCUUACAAUCCACCAGAUCACGAGGUUGUUCAAAUGGCUUCCCGUCUUCAGAAGGUUUUUGAAGCAAAACUAGCUGAUAGCUUCUCAGCAGCAGAUGCAGCAGCAAAUCAUUCGGAAGAAUCGGACUUUGGCGACUCGGAUUCUGACGAUGAAAGAGGGAGGAAACUCCAACAGAUCCAAAAGAAGCUGAGGGAAGUUCAAGAGCAGUUGGCUUAUUUGAUGGAUCUUCAAGCAAGAUUGGUUAAAGCUGGAAAGCGAAAGAAGAAGAAGGGAGACAUGGGUGCCGGGAAGAAGGGCGGAAAUAGAGAUGGAGAAGGUGCGAUCUACGAUUUUGACUCUGAUGACGAUCACAAAGAAAUGACCUACGACGAGAAGCGACAACUGAGCUUAGAUAUCAACAGAUUACCAUCGGAUAAGCUCGGAAGAGUGGUGACGAUCAUCCAAAACCGCGAAUCGCACUACCGCGAGCACAACCCAGACGAGAUCGAAAUCGGUAAUCGUAUUUCACUAUCGACACCUUCGAGUAGUCUCACCCCAAACUCCGAAUUCUCAGCAACAGCGAAGUCCCCCUUUGAAUUCGCGCUGGACAUCGAGCUCGAAAUGUGGGACACGAUAAUUAAAGAAAUGCAUAAGUUGGUCCAGAACCAAAUGAGAAUUUCGAAAGAUAUUUUUAACGAAACGGUCGAACGACAUUUCGAUACUUUACAAACUGCCACAUUGAGGGAGCUCGAUACGUACGUUUCCUUCUGCCUGAAGAAAAAGACCAGUAAGCAAAAAGCGGCUGCGGCAGCAAUUAAAAAACCCGAAGAAAAGCCCAAAGAAAUCAAGAAAAAGAAGAGCGGCAGCAGACUCUCCGACUCCUCUGAUGAUUCAUCAGGAUCAGAUUCUGAGUCCUCUCUGUCUGAAGCUCACUGA